CACGACUUCUACUUCCUAGAGAAGUUUCUACGUCUUCUUCCAUUGUUCGACUUCUGCUCUCCGUCAUCAUCUUCAUUUUCUUGUAGCCAAUAAGUUCUUGUACUCAAAGUUUCAGAAUAUGUCUUUCUUUGGUAGCAAAAAGCUCUUUGCGUUAGCACUCGCAACGACUUGUUUUUCGAUGUCUGAAGCGAUGAAGACACCCUUUUUAUGGAGCCAUCUUUUGAGAACUAGACGAAAGGUAGGAGACUGGUUGCUUCAUCCUCAUCAGAAUCAUCUUGACUCGUCAAUGGUUGCGCAGGUUCUAUCAUCUGCUUCAUCAUCUGCUUCUCUCCAAGAAUUAGGUAGGACUAAGAAAGAUAGUGACCAAGACAGUCAACACCUUGCUCAUACUCAACAAGGCAUCUCCAUCAAGAGUAAUAAAAGUGAUUACAACUACACGAGCACGACGACUAGGCAUCAUAGACAUUCACUCUCAACAUCUCAUCUGCUAGAUUCAUCCAUGCCUACUAUUCGUGAAGAUAAUAUAGUUCUCAAAAGGUGGCCUCUUUCAAAACACGUAAACAGCGAAGGUUCUGGGUCCUACAACCUGGACUAUCUGCGACAGCUGCAACGUGAGGGACACGUCACAGACGACAGCGGUUUCAU